CGUUGCUCAGCUGGUUCAUCUUUUCAUCACAUCCUGGCUUGCGUUGCCUCAGCUCGGUGUCCCUCUGAGGGGAGGGGUCGGUAACGAGGCAGGGAUGUGCGCCCCGCGGUCUGCCAGCAUCUCGUUCAGUCUAACGGCGACGGCUCAUCGUGAUGUCUCACCGGCAGAUCCAUCCGAUGUGAACCGACCCGGGCUGCUCUGUUCUUGCACAUUUAUGUCUCAGUUCAGCGAUUUCAAUCGGAGCAUUUUGCUUUUAGAAUGCGUCCUGGAGCGCGUCCUCCUCCUCCUGCGCCUCUUCGUCCUCUUCUUCUUCUGCUCGAUGCUGCGCGGUCCUCACUGUGUUUCAUAGCUUUCCUGCACUGUGUCAAGGCUGCUGCUGUAUCUGAAGGCGCUGUUUACAAUGCUGGAGAGAACGCACAGGAUUCACAGAGGAGCAUCCUCCAGCACGUACAGAGUUAUGAGAUUACUUAUCCCAUCUGGCUGCAUCCUCUCAGACACAAGAGGUCUGCCAACAAAGAGCACCCAGCAGAAGAACAGGUUCUGAUCUCAGCUGAGGGCCGGGAGCUCAGACUACAGCUGCAGAAAAAUGAGCAGCUGUUGGCCACUGGAUAUCAGGAAAUAUGGUACACGCCUGACGGAGUUCGCAAGUCCUCGUCUCGAGCCAAAACUGGACACUGUUUCUACCACGGUGAGGUUGUGGGAAUGGAAGGUUCCAGUGUUGCUGUCAGCACUUGUUCAGGACUCAGGGGACUGAUUUCCCUGAACACAAGCAUCAGCUACCUGAUAGAGCCUCUUCCGGCUUCCGCGGAUCCUCAGCAACAUGCUGUGUUUAGAGCCGAAAGCCUCCACCUAUCCAGGGGUAACUGCCUCCAUCACCAUGGCAACAGCGAGCAUGAGGAUGGGCUGAAUGACUUCAUCCAUGGAAUGAUGUCACCGCGGAGCACGAGGGAGAAAAGAGAACUGAGUCAGAAUAUGAAGUAUGUGGAGCUUCUGAUAGUGGCAGACAAGGCUGAGUUUGAGAAGCAUGACAGUGAUCUCGAGAAGACCAAACUGAAAUUACUAGAGGCAGCAAACUUAGUUGACAAGUACUACAAGGCUUUGAGUAUCCGCGUGGCGUUAAUCGGUCUGGAGGUUUGGACCAGCCAGGACAUGAUCAGCGUGUCUGAUAACCCACAUGGCACUCUGGCAGCAUUCCUGUCUUGGAGACGCAAACAGCUCCAUGCUCUCCCCAACGACAACGCUCAGCUUAUCACGGGGAGGCCAUUCCAGGGCACCACAAUUGGGCUGGCACCUCUCAAAGCCAUGUGCUCCGACUACCAGUCUGGUGGAGUGAACACGGAUCACUCAGAGUCAGCAGUCGGUGUUGCCGCCACCAUGGCACAUGAGAUGGGCCACAACUUCGGUAUGAGUCACGACAGUGCAGGCUGCUGCCAGGCGAGAGCUGAAGACGGAGGCUGUAUCAUGGCUGCUGCUACUGGGCAUCCGUUUCCACGAGUCUUUAAUGCUUGUAACAUGAAGGAGCUGAAGAGCUACCUGAGCUCUGGAGGAGGGAAGUGUCUCUUCAACUUGCCAAACACCAGAGCAAUGUAUGGAGGGCAGCGCUGUGGUAACGGCUACCUGGAGGAUGGAGAGGAAUGUGACUGUGGAGAAGAAGAGGAGUGCACCAGUCCCUGCUGCAACGCCAGCAACUGCACCCUGAAAGCCGGAGCUGAGUGCGCCCAUGGAGUCUGCUGUCAGAACUGCAAGCUGAAGAGCCCAGGUGUGCUGUGCCGUGCUCCCUCAGGGCCGUGCGACCUGCCCGAGUACUGUGAUGGAAAGGCGGAGUCUUGUCCUGCUAAUUUUUAUCUGGUUGACGGUACAUCGUGUGCUGGUGGGCAGGCGUACUGUUACACCGGCAUGUGUCUGACCCUGGAGCAGCAGUGCCGGUCGCUCUGGGGACGAGAUGGUCGUCCGGCCCCUGACCUGUGCUUUAAGAAGGUGAAUGAAGCCGGAGACAUGUACGGGAACUGUGGCAAAGAUCUGCAGGGCAAAUACAGGAGCUGCAAGGAGAGGGAUGCUAAAUGUGGCAAGAUCCAGUGCUCGGCUUCCGCCUCCAAGCCCAUUGAGAACAACGCUGUUCGCAUAGAAACCACAGUCAGUGUGGGCAGCAGGAAAGUCCAGUGUCUGGGGACUCAUGUGUACAAGCUUGGCCAAGGAGACGAGGAACCACAGAGUGAUACUUUGGAUCCAGGCCUGGUGAUGACGGGGACAAAGUGUGGUGAAGACUCGAUUUGCUUUAAUGGAGAGUGCCGCAAUGCAUCUUUUCUCAGAGCCGAUGAGUGCAACGCCAAGUGCCACGGACACGGACUGUGCAACAACAACCAUAACUGCCACUGUGACUCAGGCUGGGCUCCUCCUCGGUGCGACCAGAAGGGGUCAGGAGGGAGCGUGGAUAGCGGACCCGUCAUCAGCCACAGCAGUCUCCUUCCAGUCCUGCUUGUUCUCCCUCUGGCUCUUUUUGUGAUUUUGGCUGCUGUUGGACUUUGGUGCUGCUACAAACACAAACUGCGCCCACUCAAAGCAUCUGCUCCACCACCAGUGCCAAACUGUUCCGUACCUAUCGAGGGGAAGCCUCUGCACACAGACGAUAAUGUCAAUGGUCACACCAACCCAACAUUUUUGCUAAAGAAACAGGACUCAAACCACCUGGGUAAAACUUCUCCACGGCCAAACGCAUCUUGCCCAGCUCGGCCCAGACAUGCUAUCGUGCGACCAGCAGUGAAGCCUCCUCCGUUACCAGCAUACGCUGCGGAGCAGAAAGAAAAAACUCAGCAGCCCCAGAUCCAGCCUGCAGCUCCUCCUCAGAGACAGUACUCUCCUCAGGAUUACACUCCUCCGCCUUUAAAGUCUGCCCAGGCUUCUCCACCUCUUUCAGGACCUUCUGUGGAUCCCAAAAACCAGCCUUCAGCAAUACCCAAAAACCGUCCAGAACCCCCAAGCAGACCUCCACCGCCCUGUCCUGUCAACAGACCAUCAGGGGGACAGCAACAUGGAAAAAGCCUGCAGGUGACCAUGAAUGCCCUGCAGAGAGGAAAAGCAGCUUUGGCUCCAUCUGCUGGACAGAAAAAGCCAAACAGAGCCUAAACUAAGAGCUCAGGGAGGCACUGGGGACCACCACUUAUAUCCAACACUGCCUCACACUUUCAGCAGCUACAAAAACGUGGCACUGUGGGAUAAGAUGAAUACUUGACACUGUAUUUACACUGAGGUGCAUUGUGGGGGAAAGUAUAUGAGUACAGCAAGUUACACAGAGGUCACAAUGAGCAUGUUUUAAGCCUAAGAUUUAGGCUUAGUCAGUGUUUUGUAAAUUAGCCCUACAUGUGUCACGCUUUAUUCACUUGAAACAGCCUGAGCUGUGAAUUUAAGGGUUUUUUUUUUCUUAUUGUCUCAGAUUUUGGAAAUGUGAAAAUGUUCUGUGUGUGUCAGCGGUGUUGAAACACUGCUCCAGAAGUAUUUAUUCGCAAAGCAAAGAAAAAUGAAUGUUUACAGAGCAGCCUACGUACCAAACACGGUGCCUCGUAAAGCGCCUCAGCUACAAAGGGAUAUCUUAUAUUAAGAAAAGAUGCCAAUAGUGAUGUUUCUUAUGCUUCUUAUGUGUGAUUCAAAAAGGGAUAACAGUGAGUUGGAGCUGGAUUAAUGGUAACCGGUAAAAACCCUACAUGCAUAUGCAUGCUGUAAGUAUAUGCUUAAAGAUGAGAGAUACAUGUCUGAUGUGUAGCAGGGGAUGUGAGAGAUUUUUGCAGUUUAUAUUUUUUUUAUUUUUUUUAUUUUAUUUUGUUUUACUGUUGUAGUGUUGCACUUGUCAUUUAAUGGCCUGAUGGCAGUAAAGGUGGCUGUUAAAAAUCAUGUUAUCUUACCACAGAGUACCAACUGGUGAAUAUCACCUGUUAAACUUGCAGGAGCUGAGGUUUAAAGUGACAUCUAUCAUUUUUCUUUUACUUCUAUCAUGAUGACAUUUUCUUUGUCUAAGGCAAAAUUUUAGAUAAUUUCAUGUUAAGAGCAAAAAUGAAACAUAGUGUUGUUAAUAUAUUAGUUCAACAUCACAAAAUUGCUCCAUAAAUUUUGUCCAAAUGCGUUACUAAAACUGAUCUAUCUGCACCGAAUUUCCUUGAUGCUACUCUAUCUGAGAAGGUCAUGCUUAAUGACUGCAAGCUAUGUAAAAGUGAUCAAUUUGGCAUUAUUAUUAUUAUGAUUAUCAUUAGGUACUUCUAAAUACUGUGGUCUGUUUGACUGCUUUGGGAACUGUGAUCUGUAAUAUAAGAAUACAGUGUGUCAGCUGCCAUGUUUCACCUUGUUGUCAGACCUAUGCAAACACAGCGGCUGUGCAGCCCCGUGUGUCAAACUGGAAUUCAAAUGAACACAGUGAAAAAUUAAAAAAAAAAAAGACUUUUUA